AUGUCUGCCUCUCUUGCGCCCGAGUGCAACGAGGUCAAGGAACGAUACGACACGUGCUUUCUGAAGUGGUACAGCGAGAAGUACCUGCGAGGCGUUGGCGCCGACAACAAUGAGUGCGCGGAUCUCUUCAAGAGCUAUCAAAAGUGCUUGACGGUUGCGAUCAAGGAGCGCGGCAUCGACAAGCUGGUGGAAGAGUCGAGGGAAGACAACAGGGAGAAUGACGCGGCAUACCUGGGUCGCAAGUGGCAUCCAUCUUGUUGGUGUCUUCAGGAUUUGGUCUCCUAG